AUGCAGUCUGUACGGCCAGCGAAAAGGCGGCGAACGUCGGGCUACAUCUCACCACCUUCCGGAGACGAGUAUGCCAUCGAUCAGCAACACAGCAAGGAUGACAGUUGUACUCGAUUGACAAGAGCGAUCAACGUGCUCAAAGUAGAAGCCGAAGCCCUGGCCUCAAUUGCAGCACUCUACGAAACCGACCCGACAGCAAGAACCGCUUUGUCCUCCGCGGUAGACGCAAUCCUCACAGCACAGGAGCAACGAGGCAAAUUGAUAAUCUGCGGAGUAGGAAAGUCUGCCUACAUCGGGAUGAAGCUCCAGGCCACCUGCAAAUCGCUUGGAAUCAGCGCAUCGUUCAUGCAUGCUACUGAAGCAGCCCACGGCGACCUCGGCGACGUUAAACCUUGGGACGUAUUGCUCUUUGUUUCCUUCAGCGGCCGAACUCCUGAAUUGUUAAACGUACUGCCCCAUAUUCCGGAUGCGACAAGGACGAUCGCCAUGUCCUCCCAUCGCGACGAGAGAGAGUGCCAGCUACUAAGGGGCCGAAAAGGCGCAAUCCUUCUUCCUACGCCAAUUCACGAAAGGGAAGAGAAUUCGUUUGGCGUCGGGGCACCCACCACAUCGACGACAGUUGCACUGGCUGUUGCAGACAUGCUCGCUUUGACCACUGCGGACGAAAUUCAUGCUGGCAAGACGGGUGACGUUUUCAAGCGCAACCAUCCAGGGGGUGCCAUCGGCCUGACACAUCGAGAAGCAGAGUCAUUGAAGAGUACCAUGAUCGAUGCGGCACCUGUGGAGCUUUUGAGCCCGAGCACCUCAGAUGUGAGCGAAGGUUGA